GUUCUUCCAGCCACUUCUCCAGGCUCCUCCAGUUCAUGAAACCAAGCUUUAAGGCAUAAUGUAAUGACAAGGCUCAGCACUGAUAUUUGGGGAUAAUAUACUGGAAAGCAUGGACAACAGUGGACAGAAUAUGUUCUAUAAUAUGGUAUCAGUGCAUUCAGUGGCUCUGCCUUGGGGUUUCCAUAUGGACCAUCGACAACCACCAUUAAGGGAACAGUAUGGCAUUGCUUUUCAUGUUGACUCCUCAUGCUGGGGUGGCAGGCACAUUAGGCCCUUGCAAUACAUUCCUUUUCAGAACCAAUCGGGGAUCUGCGAUUAUUCCUCAGAGCCGGCCUUCAUCAGGAAGAGGAAUGAGAGGGAGAGGCAACGAGUAAGGUGUGUUAACGAGGGCUACGCCCGACUCCGUCAACAUCUGCCCCGGGAACUGGCAGAGAAACGUCUCAGCAAGGUGGAGACUCUGAGAGCAGCAAUUGAAUACAUCCAACAUCUUCAGAAUAUACUAGAUCUGGGAACUCUAUGGCCUCCAGGGACAGAACCCUUCUCUGAUACAGACACCGGCACAAGCCCAGUCCUCUAUCUCAGCACCAAGGGCUCCAUCCAAAGACAUUGUGCCAUAAGCUCUCCUAGUACAGAAGAACAUACAUUACAGGACCUCUGAGAGACAAAUUAUUCUUAAAAAGUGAACCCCAAACCAUCAUUCUUAUCUCUUUCUUUCAACCAGCUUUAUCUUUGCAUUAGUAAUCUGCUAAAUUGGUAAGUUUUGUUGGCAUUGGAUCUGAUCCCAUAUGUGUAUGCAGAGAACAUGACAUAUUUGAUGUGAUUAUAGGAAUAUGACAUUAUUUCUCAUUUGGUUUUGCCAUUUCUUUCCUCGGUGCAUUUCACUAGAGCUGCAUGUUUGUUUUUUCCUUGAUAUAAAAGAGGACAUUUCUAGGCAAUUUUAUAUGUGUUUUGUUUAAAGGAUAACUGAAGCACCAACACAACCUUGUGUAUCUUUAUCCCAAAGCCUGCUGUACUGCUUGCCACAUAGAACAGCCCCACUUAACUUCCACCCAGUGGUGUAACUAUGGGAGAGCAGACCACAUGGGGUGGGGGGGGGGGAGCAGUAAAUGCCCAGUGCUCAAACAUAUACUAGGGGUGCAACUUUACAUACUCAAUUCAGAGAGGAGCUGAAAUCUCCGUCCUUGCUCAUGGAUGGGUGUUUAGUUUGUGUCCCAUUCUUGAGUGGAGGGUUCCACAUCAGAUGCUAUAGUGAAUAUAGUGUCAGACUUAGGUAUCAGGGGCUGCCACUGCUGGGUGCUGCAAACUUCUGGCCACUGCCAAACCAUGUCCCCUAUGCCAUGGACUGCAGGACAUCUCCGUGUCCCACCAACCCAGUCUGACUCUGGCUGAGCCAAAUGGUAUUAC